CCAUCUACGUGGCACACAACCACUCCUUAUCUGCCACGUGGUCCCGCCCAACAUCUUGGACCUGUAUAAAAGGCUGCUGCAAAUACCCAAACCCAUUUCUCUUUCGCUUUCCGGAUUCGGAUUCAGACAAAGCACACACAACCACCGCUCUCUCCGUCUCUCUCUCUCACAUAUUGUAGAAAACGAUGCCUUAUUGCGAGAUUGCGUCGCAGAAAACUGGACCGGACACGCAGCUCAACAAUGGAGUCAAGAUUUUUUACAGAACGUACGGUCACGGACUCACUAAGGUUCUGCUCAUUAUAGGAUUGGCGGGUACCCAUGAGUCCUGGGGACCUCAAAUUAGAGGGCUGACGGGAACCGAGACGCCCAACGACGACGACGAAUCGCCGUCCGGCGAUUGUUCGGACAAUGAGGCUUGUUUCAGCGGUGAUGGUAUCGAGGUUUGUGCUUUCGAUAAUCGUGGAGUGGGUCGGAGCUCUGUGCCCACUAAAAAGUCCGAAUACACUACAAAAAUUAUGGCAAAGGACGCCAUUGCUUUGUUGGAUCAUUUGGGUUGGACAAAGGUCCAUGUUUUUGGUCAUUCAAUGGGAGCUAUGAUAUCUACAAAACUAGCAACAACGGUGCCUGAAAGGGUUCUUUCAUUGGCUUUGCUAAAUGUUACGGGUGGUGGAUUUGAAUGUUUUCCAAAGAUUGACAGACGAUCGUUAUCUAUUGCAAUUCGUUUCUUAAGGGCGAAGACUCCUGAACAGAGGGCUGCUGUUGACUUGGAUACUCACUACUCAACGGAGUAUCUUGAGGAAUAUGUAGGAUCUACCACAAGAAGAGCAAUCCUAUACCAAGAAUAUGUGAAAGGUAUAUCAGCAACUGGGAUGCAGUCUGAUUAUGGUUUUGAGGGUCAAGUCAAUGCAUGCUGGACUCAUAAAGUGACAAGAUCAGAAAUCGAAUUGAUUGGGUCUGCUGGAUUUUUAGUUUCAGUCAUUCAUGGAAGGCAUGAUGUCAUUGCUCAAAUAUAUCAUGCAAGGAGACUGGCUGAGAAACUGUAUCCUAUAGCUAGAAUGGUAGACCUUCACGGAGGCCAUUUAGUGAGCCAUGAGAGGACUGAAGAGGUUAAUCAAGCUCUUCUAGACUUGAUCAAUGCUUCAAAAAUGCAGUUGAAACCACACGAAUGGACAAAUUUGCCCCAAAAGAAACCCGGAUGGAUGGAGACAAGAAGAACAAAUGCAGAGGGAGCAAGCAAUGGCUCUUCUACGUGUAACAUGUUAGAAAAGUUGCAACUUUUCCUAUUGUACAUAGUUGGCCUCUUUGUGAUGGUAUUUGAGUUUUCAAAGAGGACUCUGAGAAACUUGAAACCGGUAAGAGUCGGAGCUUCUCAUACAUAAUAAACCUACGGUCACACAACUCCUGUUUUCCACUGGGAUUUGGUCGACAUUCAGCAUGCAGUUGAGCAGUUACUGAAAUAUAUGUAUAAAUAUAUAUAUAUUUAUACAUAUAUAUAUUGGUAGAGUGGGAGAGGAUGUGAAAGUGAACCAGUAUGUUAUUAUCAAUACAAGGUUCACUAGGGAAUCCCUUAUGGAGAUCUUAUUCCCUUCAUCUCAUUUUGCUUUGUUUCUUCUUCAAUAGCAGUAACACAUACUUUUGUAUCAAAUACAUCAAAUCAAUACAUGUCUAGAGAUUUCACCUUUAA